AUGAACAUGCAAAAUGAGCAAGAUAAACUUGUACACGAGGAACAAGGUUUAGGCGAAGUCUUUGUUCCGUCCCAAGUCGUAAAGAAUUUCAAUGAAAUGGUAUCCGACCCAAAUGUUGUAGUUUAUUCAUAAAAUAAUAGCUUCAGUUACCAUCAGAUCGAUCGGCUAAGCGUUCUUCCGAGAAUCAGGGACAAAACCAGGCCCCUUUAGUAUCUAAUAAUAAAUAUUAGUUAACGGAUAAACAGACAGCUCAACCAUUAAUCCGAAAGAAAGAGCCACCGCCAGAUGAAUUGAAAAAAUUAAACAAGUAAAUGAAUGGAUCAAAUCAUCACAGCCAGGAUGACAUCUCCAUAAAAAGUUCAGGAGGUGGGAAGUCUCCAGCUUAAUGUAAAUUUUGAUAAUUAACAUCCCAGAAACAACACAGAAGCGCGUUAAAAGGAUGAAUAGUAAGCUGAAGAGCAGACACCAUGUUCAAAAGCAAUAAUCUGAGUUUGCAAAAAAGAUUUUGAAACUUACUGAGAGCACCCCAUUCUCAAUAAUCAUGGCCAUAGUUACCAUUUAUGCACUCUUCGGAGAUGACAUUCGCAUACUGUCAGUUGAUAAACAAGGAGAUGAUGUGUUCUUCAUCCUAACAGUGAUUUGUAUGGUUGCUUUCUUAGCGGAGAUAAUUCUUACCAGCAUUUGUAAACCAGAAUAUGUGUUUAAUGUAAAUAUUUUCGUAAGAUUUAGUUUUACUUUGUAUUGGACGUUAUAUCCACAAUAACAAUGAUAUUGGAUUUGGGCUGGAUUACUGACACAUGGUAUUCUGGAGACCUUUCAAGUGCAGCUUAAAUUAAAUCGAUCGGAACAGCAUCUAGAGCAGCUAGAAAGGCAGCCAGAGUUAUUAGAGUGAUUCGAUUGGUGAGAUUAGUCAAGUUGUAUAAGCAUGCUCGAUAGUAGAUGGAGAAGGAAUAAUAGAAAAAGUUAUUAUAGGAGUUGCUUCGAUAAGCUCAACAAAAUAAAAGCUAAGAUUAGCAGGCUCCACAAUAACCUUAAAUACAGGCUUAAUCAAACCAACAAGUAGUACCAAUCGUUUCUAAUAAUGAAGAAUAAAGGGGAUCUCAGAAUGACAUUGAAUCAUCUAGGACUCCUGAUAAAAAUUCAACCACUUCUAAUUUAAAAACUUCAUCAACGACUUCUCAAGCGGAAGAUCAAAUUAAAGAGUCUAUAGUCGGUGCAUAACUUUCAGAUCUCGUUAUGAGAAGAGUUAUCACUAUCAUUCUAGCCAUUCUAAUAAGUAUUCCAGUUCUUUCAUUGGAUACCUACUAAGAAAUGAUCAGUAGCUAUGACUCAGGAAUUUACAGAAUCUAUUAAUUUAGAGACAAUGACUCAGUGAUGAAGUCACUUCUCUAACAAUAUGCCUAAUUCCAUGUGUCUGAGAUAUUUCCAAUCUAUAGUGUGGAUGUUAAAUUGGAAGGCGAUACUAAUCAAAAAUUACACGAAUGGAGUUACAGUACCAACCCUGAGAUCUUUGAAUAGCCUGCUUAUGAAACAAAAAAUCAAUAUAGAUUCUCUGAUCUUUAAUACUAUGUUAAAUCUGAAGGAUCUGAUCUAUAAACUUAUGCAGCUGCUGAUUUAGUGAGUUACAAUUAGACGAAUGCAAUUUUAUCAAUCUUUUAAACUGUUUUUGUCUGUAUUGUUUUAGCAGUUUCAGCAUUAAUGUUUAGUAAGGAUGUUUCAGAUUUGGUAAUUGAUCCCAUUGAGGCUAUGAUGCAAAAAAUUGAAAUGAUCGCAGCCAACCCUUUGGAAGCAGUCAAUAUUGAGGAGUAGGAGGACCUAAUAAUGGAGGAAUUGGAAAAACAAUAAGAUGUAGAAAAGUUAAAACAAAAAGAAAUUGAGAAACAUAUGGAAACCUAUGUUUUAUAGAGACUAAUAAUGAAAGUGGGAGCACUAUUGGCAGUUGGUUUCGGAGAGGCUGGUUCUGAAAUUAUAGCUGAGAACAUCAAAAAGGGUGGUAGUGUUGAUCCCAUGAUUCCUGGGAAGAAGAUUCUUGCUAUCUUUGGUUUUUGUGAUAUUAGAAAUUUUACAGAUGUAACACUAUGUAAUGAUUAUUCUAGGCCACAGAAGUCUUGUAACAAGGGGUUAUGCUAUUUGUAAAUGAAAUCGCUGAAAUUGUUCAUUCUACUGUUGACUCGAUGAGUGGAUCAGCUAAUAAAAAUAUAGGAGAUGCAUUUCUGUUAGUUUGGAAAUAUUCCCCUAACGAUUACCAUCCAGACCCUGAUAAUCCUAAAAAUUUGAAACUCAAAAGUGACAGAUACAUCAAAUAGAAAGGAGAUAUGGCUGUAUUGGCUUUUCUAAAAAUAAUUACUGGAAUCUCAAUUUCCAAGAAAUUAGAAAAGUAUAAGAAACACGAAGGUCUCAAUGCAAGAAUGAAAGAUUACUCUGUUAAAAUGGGGUUUGGUCUACAUAUGGGAUGGGGAAUCGAAGGAGCCAUAGGUUCUGGUUUUAAAAUCGAUGCUUCCUAUCUUAGUCCUAAUGUUAACAUGGCGUCUAGGUUGGAGGCAGCUACGAAAUAAUUCGGAGCGCUCAUUCUCGUUAGUGGCAUUUUGAAACAAUAUCUCACUGAAGAAUGCUAGAAGUAAAUGAGAAUGAUCGAUAUUGUUACUGUGAAAGGAAGUAUUGUUCCUUUAGGUAUCUCUCUAUAACAUAAUCCUAGAAUUACACACCAUUGACAUGUCAAUAAAAAACCUAUAAUCAAAAAUCAAAGGGUUAAGAGACAAAUUUGAUGUUUCCUAAAUGACCCAGAAGGAGUCCAAGAAGUUUAGAGUUUUGAAUAGGUUUAAGAGGGAAGAUUUAAUGAAGAAGGUCUAAAAUAAUUAAGUAUCUGUGACUGAUCUAUUUUCUACUGAUGACGAAUUGGCUGCAGCAAGAGAGCCUUAUACAUAAGUAAUUUAUAUCAUUGAUCUUAGGUGUUUUAUGAAACCUGGAAAAUAGGCUUUGACCAAUACAUUAAGGGAUCUUGGGGUGAUGCCUAAUAAACAUUCCAAAAGACUUUAGUAAUUUUUAUCUUUUAUUAUGCAUAGUCCAUGAUUCCUGAGCACAAGGACGGACCCUCAAAUACACUCUUGGAAGUAAUACAUUCAUGCGGUGGAAAGGCACCAAAGGAUUGGAAAGGAUUUAGAGAAUUAACAGAAAAAUGA